AUGCACCUCCUUCUAAAAUCCGGAUGGAUUCUACACAGAACACAGGCUUUCCAUACGUCUGUGAAUCGAUUUUUGUCAGUGCUGCCGCAGAUUUUGAAUGCCCGUCAAUUCCCACAAAGGAGGUCGAGACCGAAACGAGAGGAACCUACAUCUUCAUCAGAGAAAAAUGUUUACAAAAAUCCAUGGAUUGAAAUCUCCUGGAGCUCAAAAGGUCACCGAGAAACGAAAGAAGACGCUAAACAAGCCAGCGAAGGCAAUGAAAAUGGGGGUGGAGGUGGAAAAGACGAUGAUCCUCGAAAAAAGCUAAUGGAGAAGAUGAAAAGAUGGCUGGCGAUCUCUCUAUUCGCCUAUGGUGUCCUCUUCAUGCUCUCGCCGAAGACCAGUGGAGGUGUGACAGCUGAUAAAAUCUCCUGGAGUGAAUUUAUCAAUGAGCUACUGCCAACAGGACAAAUCUACCGGAUUAUCGUGCUCCCGGAGCAAGAUAUCGCAUAUUUAUACGUUUAUGACACUGGAGCCAAGAAUUCUCGCGGGGAGCGUCUUGCCAACAUGUAUAGGGUUGGGAUUCCAUCGGUGGGACGGUUUGAGACAGAAGUGCGAGCGGCUGAAGCAGCACUAGGACUCCCUCCAGAGCAUUGGACUCAAAUAGAGUAUAAGAGAAGUGAGAACAUAACUCAAUGGAUGACUAUAAUCUUCUUGGGCGGUCUUCUAAUUGGUGGCUUUCUGUUGUUCCGAAAGUUCAAAGGAUCCUUUAAUAUGACGGAUAUGAUGUCGAAUAUGACAAAAGGAAAGUUCACAAUCAUCGAUCCACACAGUGCUGAAGGCAAGAAACAACUGAAAAUCAAGUUCAAGGAUGUCGCCGGCUGCUCUGAAGCGAAGGUUGAAGUUCGUGAAUUCGUGGAUUACCUCAAGAAUCCUGGACGCUUCACAAAGCUUGGAGCCAAAUUGCCACGUGGCGCGUUGCUCACCGGACCGCCUGGAUGUGGAAAGACUUUACUGGCGAAGGCGUUGGCCGCGGAAUCAACGGUUCCUUUCAUUUCAAUGAAUGGAUCUGAGUUUGUAGAAGUUAUUGGUGGCUUAGGAGCGUCUAGGAUUCGUGGGCUGUUCAAGGAGGCGAGAACGAGAGCACCAUGUAUUAUCUAUAUCGAUGAGAUUGAUGCGAUUGGAAGGAAGAGGAGCGAGGGGAAAGGAGCUGGUGGAUUUGGAGGUGGUUCCGGUGAAGAGGAGCAAACGCUGAAUCAGCUACUCGUCGAAAUGGACGGAAUGGGAUCUGGAAAUGGUGUUGUCGUUCUGGCAAGCACAAAUCGAGCUGAUGUCCUGGAUAAGGCUCUAUUGAGACCUGGAAGAUUCGAUAGACACAUUUCAAUCGAUUUGCCGACGAUGUUGGAGAGAAAAGACAUGUUUGAGCUGUAUAUGAGGAAGAUUAAGCUGGAUCAUGCGCCACAAGAAUACUCUCAGAGGCUGGCAGCGAUGACGCCCGGAUUCUCAGGUGCCGAUAUUAUGAAUGUGUGUAAUGAGUCGGCUAUUCGAGCGGCGUCGAAUAAGAAGCACGUAGUGACCAUUAAGGAUGUAGAAUAUGCCCUGGAUAGAGUGUUAGCUGGCUCAGAGAAAAGAAGUCGUAGUUUGGUAGAAGAGGAGAGAGAAGUCGUUGCGUAUCAUGAAGCAGGACACGCCCUUGUUGGAUGGAUGCUGGAGCACACUGAUGCUCUUCUCAAGGUCACAAUUAUCCCUCGGACCUCUGCAGCUCUCGGAUUCGCUCAGUAUUCUCCACGUGACAAGAAGCUGUUUGCGAAGGAGGAGCUGUUUGAUAGAAUGUGUAUGAUGUUGGGAGGACGAUGUGCUGAGAAUUUGAAAUUUGGGCGGAUCACAUCUGGAGCACAGGAUGAUCUUCAGAAGGUGACAAAGUCGGCGUACGCACAAGUCAAGUUGUAUGGAAUGAGCGAGAAUGUGGGACCACUGUCGUUUCCGAAUACGGAGGGAUUCCAAAUCAAACCGUAUUCCAAGAAGUUCGCAGCGGUUUUCGAUCAGGAGGCGUCGUUGAUGGUUGCGAAGGCUAGUGAGACGACGACGAAGUUGAUUAAGGAUAAUAUGGAUAAAUUGGAAACGGUAGGCACAAAAAUCGCCCAAGCUCUUCUAAAACGAGAAGUUCUAAACUAUGAAGACGUCAAACAACUGAUUGGGAAACCGAAAUUCGGAGACAAGCAUCUCGUCGAUAUGGUGGAGAUGUGCUGCCCAAAGACGAUGUUUAACUAA